AUGAAAAAGGAGAUUAAAGACAAGAACAAAGCAAAGGCAUCAAGUGCUACUCAUGAAAUUGAGACGAGAGUAAUUCAUGGCUCUCAACACCCAAGCUUCCUGCUGCUCUUCUCGCUGACUCUGUGUUUCUUAUGUUCACUAACUUUCAUGGGAGCGCCCUCCGAGUGGUCCUGCAUGCUGCGACACACGGCGUUCGGCAUCACCUUCGUCCUCUGCAUCUCUUGUGUCCUUGUGAAAACUAUAGUGGUGUUAAUGGCAUUUAAAGCGACACUUCCAGGUCGUAACAUCAUUAAAUGGUUCGGCCCUCAGCAGCAAAGAAUGACUGUGGUGUCCUUCACGUUUAUUCAAGUUGUAAUAUGUAUCAUUUGGUUGGUUGUCACUCCCCCUUUUCCAAUUAAAAACCUGACCACAUACAAGGAGAGAAUCAUCCUGGAGUGCGCAUUGGGUUCAGCCAUUGGGUUCUGGGCUGUGCUCGGGUACAUAGGCCUGUUGGCCUUCUUUUGCUUCGUGUUAGCCGUCCUAGCUCGGAAGCUACCAGAUAAUUUUAAUGAAGCAAAGCUCAUAACGUUCAGCAUGUUGAUAUUCUGUGCUGUCUGGAUCACAUUUAUUCCAGCUUACAUCAGCUUUCCUGGUAAAGUCACUGUGGCUGUGGAGAUAUUUGCCAUCCUGGCCUCCAGCUUUGGAUUAAUUCUGUGUAUAUUUGCUCCAAAGUGUUACAUCAUAUUGUUUAAGCCCGAAAAGAACACCAAGAAACAUUUGAUGAACAAGAAUGAAUCCUAG